UUAGUUUACAUCCGCCAUUUGCGAACUUGUGAGUUUGUAGCAUUUUCAUGCAGUCGGAAACUUAUGAAUUGUGAACUUAACUGGCCAGAUACCUUGUAGCAUAAGUACCAAUAAAACGAAGGAUGUCGCAGGAUCUGGCUGGACAGAAGAGUUACCCUGGGGUAACCUCUCCGCUGAGUCUGGCCGGGCCAGAUCCGCUGGACAUCAAACUGUCUACCAGACUGGAGGAGACUCUCCGGCCACAUGGCAUCUUUGAGAGUGAGGAUGAACUUAGUCAUCGAAUGUAUGUUCUGAGUAAAGUAAAUGAACUUGUCCGACAGUGGAUCAAAGAUGUCAGUGUUCGUAAGACCAAUGUUUCGGAAGACAAAGCUGAGGCUUUUGGAGGAAAGGUGUUUACUUUUGGCUCCUAUAGGCUAGGUGUACACACGAAAGGUGCUGAUAUUGAUACGCUAUGCGUUGGACCACGGCACAUUGAACGUUCAGACUUCUUCUCUACAUUUUACGAACUUUUAAAGGAACAGACUGAUGUAAAAGAUCUUAGGGCAGUUGAGGAAGCAUUCGUUCCUGUUAUCAAGAUGGAGUUUGAUGGUAUUGAACUGGACAUGUUAUUUGCGAGGCUGGCCUUGCCUAUGAUCCCUGAAGACCUAGACCUAAGAGAUGAAACUCUGUUGAAAAACUUGGACGAGAAAUGUGUCAGAAGUUUAAACGGUUGCAGAGUAACUGAUGAAAUUCUCCAUCUUGUCCCAAAUGUUGAAAACUUCAGAAUGGCAUUGAGAGCAAUAAAAUUGUGGGCCAAAAAGAAGGGUAUUUAUUCCAAUGCUAUUGGUUUCCUUGGUGGCGUAUCUUGGGCUAUGUUAGUAGCCAGAGUCUGUCAGCUCUAUCCAAAUGCUGCCCCGGCUACUUUAAUACAGAAGUUCUUCCUGGUCUUUUCUAAAUGGGAGUGGCCUCAGCCUGUCCUGCUCAAACAGAUGGAAGCAGAAAACAAGUUAGGCUUUACUGUAUGGGAUCCAAGGAUCCACCCCCCAGACAGGUUUCAUCUCAUGCCAAUUAUCACACCAGCAUACCCUCAGCAGAACUCCACUUACAAUGUCACCGCCUCAACUCGCUCAAUCAUGGUCGAAGAGUUCAAAGAAGGCCUUGAAGUCACAAAUAACAUAUACAUGCAGAAAGAAGAAUGGGGGAAAUUGUUUGAACCUUCCAAUUUUUUUCAAAAAUACAAGCAUUACAUUGUGUUGAUAGCAAGUGCUGAACAGGAGAAGUCAUACUUAGAAUGGCAAGGGUAUAUCGAGUCCAAAAUCCGCCUGCUGAUAGGGAACUUGGAGAGGAAUCUGUACAUUAAGCUGGCUCAUGUCACGCCGGAAUCAUUUGGUCCCUUAGAGAAAAGUGAGGAUAUACACGUCAGCAAGUGGUUUAUUGGCCUACAAUUCCAUAAGGUGGAGAACAUUAAUGUGGACCUGACCUUUGACAUCCAGUCCUUCACAGAUGUUGUAUAUAAACAGGCAACCUUCCUUAAACUGUACAAAGAAGAUAUGAAGGUUGAGAUAAAACAUGUAAAAAGGAAAGAGCUUAGCAAAUACAUCACAGCAGAAGUAUUAAAUAGAGGAGCAAAGCCCAAGAAAAAAUUGGAUAGCAGCAAAAGCACCAGCUCGUCUAACCUGAAGGCCGAGGUUGCUCGUGCGAGCACGGAAAACAGCACAUUCCUUCACCACAGCAAGUCUGACUCUAACCUGAUCUGCAGUAACUCCAGUAAAGUUGUCAUUGAGAACAUGGAGGAAACGACGCAGGACUCUGGGGAUGCGGCCAGUGGUUCAGAUCUGCCCUCAGAUGGGCCUGCUGACUCAUUGCCAGCAAUCAACCUGACCAAAUCAGCGCAGUUGUCAGCGGUUGUCAAUGGAGAAACCCCAGACAGUGGACAGGACACGUCUGAGAGUUCUAACGAAGCUGGUAUGGAUUCUAAACGCCCUGGCUGCCCCAGUCUUUACGCCCUGAAACCCAGUAAACUUGCCAAGGUAUCACAAGACUCCGAUGAGGGAACAACGUCACCCAUGCAAGUUGAUGAGACAGCUUCCUCCACUUCACUGAAGAAUUCGGACAAAACGAUCAUUCCAGUGAUUAGCAGCUCGAGUUCUACAGAAGUCAAACGUAGUCGUGCAUCGCUUGAUUCUGAUGUACCUCUCAAGAAAACAAAAGAGAAGGAAGAUGGCACAAUGUCACCAAUGCAAGUAGAUGAAUCCCAGUCAACCACAAACUUUGCCAAGCCAGCCGAAAAAAGUCAUAUAUCACGCCUGCAGAGUGUAGAAGCUCCUGAUUUGGUCAGUCCCCAGCCCACGAUGCCUAUCAUCCAAGCUCAGCGCCCCAAACAACCCAUCCGGCUAACCCUGCAGCACAAAUGAUACAGGCAUUAACGGAUUAUCAUCUGCAGGUUAUAUCACGCCAUUUGUGGAGAGCUGCCAUGGAUUCCCUGCACAGCUUGUACCACAGCAGUAUCACUCUGCAAGUCUCUGGUCCUGUGGUCAUAGUGUUCUCAGUCUGCUGCGGGUAAACAGUUAGUAUGACACAGGAGAGCAGUGCCAACAGGCACACAGUUGUUACAAAACAGGAAUUGUCUGUAAGUGUGGUGAGCAUAUGUGGACUUUGUAUAUACCUCACAUGUAUUAAAACAUGACAACAAGUAUCUCAACACUACAGUAGCAUCUCAUUAUCAUAGUGUGUGGCAGACUGCCAUGGUUUUGUUAAAUUAUAUAUAAAUAUGAAAUAAUAAUUAAAAAAAAAAUAUAACAGCGCUGGCAUUCAUGAUGUCUGGUGUAUAUUUUACGCUGCAAAGAGUUUGAGUGUAAUUCCUUCCAAGCAUCAUUUGAUAAAUCAUUGUCAUCUUUUAUGGUAUUUUCUGUCAAAUCUGCGAUAUAAUUUGAAGUUUAGGUUUUCCUUAAAUUUGUGUAAACAUUGUUUUCAUUUUGUUAUGCAAUACCACUGUAGGAUAAGUGUAAAUGGUUGUUUAAAUAAGUUUGAAUGAUUGCAGGAUAACAAAGUUUCUUCAUAAGAGAGCAGAUUUUAACAUUUACGUUUUGUGAUGGUUCACUUAAUGUUAAACCAACAAAGGGAACUCUGAAUAGCACUCCACAUUGUAGGAGGCCUUUAUCUUACUUGAAUGCUGGCUUGUAUGUGUAUAAACAUGUAAGUGCCAUUAACCAUGAAUUACAUUGGAAUAAUGGGCCAGUUUUCUUCGUUGUUAGUAAUUAUUGGCUUUCUUGCAAUGGGGCUUGUGUGUAUAGCAAACAUGUUAUCUUUUGCAUGUGCUUGUGCUGAAGCAAACCACUGUUCAGAAACGAUUUUAAUGAGUUACAUGCAAUAUGACAAGGCUGUCAUUUAUAUAGAGUCUGUAAGGAGGUUGGUGUGCCCACCACACCUUUAAGUUGGUCUAUCAACCAGCAAGUUUGGUGGGCCUGGUAUGCCGACAUUGAUAUGUACAUGUACAAUAUGACAGUGAAGUGAUCUAUAUAUUUUGCAGCCCAUCCAUGUACGUACCAGAUAUUAGUAAUGUACAUACAGUUAGGUUGUAAAUAUGUUAUAGGGCAUUAGGUAUCCAGUAAUCUUUGUACCUAAUACAUACAUAUAUAUGUGUGUCAUAUAUUGCUGGUAGGGGUUAGGCACAAUAAAUAGUGCUGUGUUAUAUUUGAGGGGAUGACUGUAGCUUGCAGUGUAUAAGCCAUUGCCUUGUUAACCCUGAUGUCUCAAGCUCAGGUCUAAAUAGGGUUUCCUUGUAGUGUGUAUCCCCCGAACACCUACUUCUAGCCGAUCUUCACCUAUUUGUACCAGUAUGGCACAUUUUGAUAUGGGUUGCUCUGCAGUUGUGGGCUGUUCCUGCUGGCUGUAGCAUCCUGUGUAUAAUGGCUACCCCUCUGUCUGGUAACCAGCUAAUGUGCAUAUACUAACCACACACAGGUCAUCUUUGGUUACAAUACUGUCAACUUCAGUGCUUGUGAGAUAGAAACAGAGGUUGCUCUGUGGUACAUUUUGAUGAUUUUGCAUAGGUCACAACAGUCUCAGCCUAAACUCGUGGGAAUGAGGCUGCAGAAAUGCUCUCCAACAGGAACCAUCAUAUGGAUAACAGUACCAGACGGACUCAGUUCUCCUUUCUCACUUCCUGUAAAAACAUUGCAAGUGUUAUCAAGCUAAUGACAUUACUAUUUCUUAGGCUGAGAUUUUUCUAGUGUGGUCUAUUAAAUGUGGAGGUAAAUAUGGAGCCAGAUCAAUUGUACUGGACCUGUUCAGUGUGUUGGUUAUAGGGCUAGUUCACAAAGUUGUGUGUGUUUAUGAGCUGACUGUCUUUUAGAUUUAGUGUUCAAGGUAAAGGAUGUGACAGUGGAUAAUGUACAGUUUUGUUAAUAGUUUUGUUAGCUUUUGUUACAAUCUUUGAUAAGUAGUUGUAGUUUCAGUAUUUGCUGUAACUGAUGUAGAUUCCCUCUGAUCAGUUAGUUCACAGGAACGCCAUUGUGUAUAUAGUCACUGAACUGCAAGAACAUUAAAUGUAGGAAAGCUGUGGAGUGGAAGAAGCUCCUGUACCAUUUCAGGUUAAUUCCACAGAUUUGCAGCAUUGCCAUUGUUUCAUUGUCACUGAUGUCAUUGUGUAGCGAUUUACUUUAUGCUUGUUCUGUCACAUUAUGCUGUUAGUGCUACAUAAUGCUUAGCAAGUCGAUUUACGUCCGUGCCAGGCAAGUCAUGGCAAGUUUCCAUGUAAUGUGUUGAUCUCUUUAUGCAGAGCUUGUACGUGGAUGGGUCUGUCAGCAACCUGGUCGUGGGUUUCCCCGAGCACGAUUUUCAGGCCAUCAUAAUGCUGGCUACUGUCAUAUGAGUGAAAUACUCUUGAGUAAGGCGUAAAAUACAAAUCAAAUAAAUUUAUUAAUAAAUAAUUAUUCAGCUAGCCUUACAGUGCUACACACAAGGAUCUGUACCAUUUUCUGUUCUGAUCUCAAGUACUUAAGUGUGAAGGGCCUGUGUCAUCAUCAUCAUCAUCGUCAUUGUGAGUACUACAGGUGCCUUUAUCAUCUCCCUGAUUCACACCUUGACCUAGGUAUACCUUCACAUAGUCUCAUCCCCUGUACAUCUGGACACGUCCUUACCUGAGGCCCGUUCAGUAAGUAAUCUGCGCUCAUUGACCAAGCAGAGUACGGCCACAAUAUUUUGGCAACAGCAUCACUCACUGAUAAUUGACUUGCUGAAAGUCUGGCUUCUAAAUAUUUUGUCGUAUCAUUUAAACACAAGCAAGUGUGUUUGUCAAAUAAAUGCCAAGAGCACAGGCGUGUGCUACCAGCAAACUGGUGUGAGGUAUCAAUUUUCCCAACAAGAAUCCCAGAAUGUGGAUGGUCCCAGAUCUACAAAGCUAGGUGGAUUGGGAGCUGUGUGUUGGUAAAAUGUAAACCACAUUGUGUUACCAUGUGAACAUGAGGCUCUGUAAACAGCCAUUUCAUUCAGUUUUUGUCUUGUCUGGAAAUCACAUUACCAGCAUCACCAUGCUUUGCUGGAGACCUAAGAUAUUUUGUUUUGUUCAGAUAAACAUAAAGUACACAGUACUCUAUUUUGUCUCAUUCUUACGAUGAAGGUUUUCUAUAUACAUAGUGGGUUUUGUGCAUUAGGUUUUGUAAGUGACUGUCUUUUGAGCUGCAUUCAAUUAAGUCAUGUGUAUGGUAUCAAUUUGUCCUGGUGAAAUACAUAGUGGACAGUGGAUAUCCAGUGGAGGGGGCUUUUAGUGUGUCUCCCCAGACCCACCCCAUACUUGCUCAUGAUUUCACCAAUGAUAUUGUCUUUUAUGAGGUGUUCUAUAUGAAAAGUAUGUCCUAAUAAGCCAGGAAUUGUUUGGGUAAAUGCUAAAUAUUAACAUUAACAAUAUGAAAAACACAGAUUGAGCUCUGUUGGAAAUCAUUUUGUUUUAUUUGUGUAUAGUGCAGAGCUCAUUGAAUGUGGGAGAACUUGUAAGCUGUGGAAAUCAAGACCUGUCUGUCAUGUACCUUUUACAGUGUUAUGUGAAGUGCUGUUCUAGUUUGUGUUGGAGGAAAAAUAAGAAAAAAAGGACUAGUGAGUUUAGUUGUAUUUUAUUGAUGAUGACUUUGAGAAGUGUUUAGGUCUUUGUAUCAUCUUUUAGGUUUAGAUUGUAGAUAGUGUGUAAACAAACAAGUGUCAGAAAUUUGCUUUUUUUGUCCCCUUUUUAAAUAUUUCCUUUUGCCUUCAUCAAUAGAGGACCAUUUUUAUGACAACAUUUUACUUCAACUCAAGUUGAGUGUUUCUUUGGGAUGCAUGCUUAAAAUGCCACACUUUUGUUUUCAUCUGAAACUUUGUGUUACAGUUUGGGUUUGACUUCUGUACUUUGAAUGAAAACAAUCAGUACAAUUGUGGGUAACAAAUUACGAAGUGGAAUAGAUAUUUUUCUGGAAUGGUACUGAAGCCCAACUGAAAGUGGAUGGUUGUCAAGCCUUUGGGCUGUUACAUAUAGGAUUGUGCGCCUUGACUCAAUUUUUAAAUCCAUAUAUAGAGAAAUACAGAUAUUAAAGGUCACGUAAUUCUGGGCUCUGCUGUAGUCAAAAAUGGAAAUACCUUUGCUAAUUUCUGCUGAAACAUAUGGUUGUUCACAGGUACUGUUCUGCUGGUAUACAUGUUGUAACAUCAGAGUGUAUCACUUUCGUUCCUUUCACCCAAUAAACAUUUGUUUACUUCUUUUUUUUUUUGAAUGCUGAAGAUGUGGAACAUGAAGUAAGAGCUACUAUCCUCUGAUUACUUUCAGAUGCAAAAGCUGUGUUUUAUUUCUAAUUCUGAGUAGUGAUUUCAGUCUGUUUCCAUGUGGUGUGCCAUGAAUUACGUUACUAGAAAUAGACCCCGUUGAACGCAAGAAUGAAUAUUGUUCUAGUUAUAUAUAACUUUAUAUAAAGAUAUUUAUAUAUAUGCGUAUACAUAGCGGACACUGUACAUACGACUCACCCGUAACCAUUAU